AAUGUAGCCUCGCCAUCAUCCUUGUGUCAUCUUCCACUUGGAUAGUGUGCUCCAUCUUUCUUCACAAAUCCAGCUUAAAUUAAAAUUUUGAUGGCAUCCCCCCACUAACCCAACUUCAUUACCAACUUUACUGUUGCCUGCUGGUUUUCCAUAGCCAUAUCUGUAUCUCCACACACAAUUUGUGGUGAAUAUCAUUUAAUUCUUUCUAUUCCAACAUCGUCAACUUCCAGAAAAAUCUCUUAUGUAGAUGUAUAAAUUGACGCUUCUAGUUGCUUUAUGAGACACAGCAGCAUUCAGGGAAGUAAACAAUAUUGUUUCAGAAAUGGCUGCAGGCUCUCUCUUUCGUCUACUUCUUGGAACUUCAUUGGUGUUUUCUCUUCUUUUAUCCUUGGAUGCAGUCCCAGUUACAAGAACUGGAAACUUAAUGCAUAAAUCUCAAGUAGAUCAACUUCCGGUGGAAACCACCAGGGUUACUAUCAUUGGAAGGAUGGAUGUGGAGCUGAAUGACUAUCCAGGAUCAGGAGCCAACAACCGCCACACUCCAAGACCACCAAUGGGGAAAGGCUGCGUUGAUUGUUAAGUCAUGAGCUACUCUAGUUAAUUAGUAAUUUAAGUAGUAGAUAAAAAAACCUAAGUAGGAUUUUAGUUGUUUAGGAAGUUCUUUAUUCCCUUUCUUCUCUGAACGGUGGAGAAGUAGAAUUAUGAAAAAAAUACUUGAAGUAGGAAGUAAUUGGAGUGGAUUUCAAUGCAAUAUUGUAAGCAAUAUGUUGUCCUGAUCUUUAUGUAUGAGUCUAAAUACCAGUAACUAUGAUGUAUGUUUGAUGCCAACGCAUGAGGCAUUGUUCUCUUGCUACAAUUAUGCUUCUUUAUUCCA